GUCAGCACAUCACGAAGACAAGACAAGACAAACCGAAAGCACUCAUCAAAGUUUAAGCAACACCAUCUCAGUCUCGAUGAGGCACCAAACCUCCGCGGAUCAACAAUUCUCGGCUCGACGUGGUUCGACCAAGGCGUCGCCGCGGCGGAUCAACAAACCCGCGGCUCGGCAUGGCAGUGGACCCUUGGUGCGGCAAAGUAACCCACGACAAGGUUCUAAGCGAACCACCCGUUCGAUACGUGGGCUCGGGAACUCCAACGCGGCUCGGCAGCUCGCGGUCCGUCACGGCAACUCGCGGUCCGGCUCGGCAAUACGCAAAUCGGCAAGGCUCUCACGAUGCGGCAAGACAACUCCGGCGCGUCCCGAGACGCGGCAAACUCCGGUGCGGCACGGCGAGAUACGUGAACUCCCGAGGCGCGGCAAGCUCGUUCGGCGCGGCGAACUCCGGUGCGGCACGUCCGGUGCGGCACGUCCGCCCGUCUCGAAAAACGUGUCGAAGUCACAAAUCUCCCGAGAAGGUAUCGGUUCGUCUCGAAAAACGUGCCGAAGUCACAAAUCUCCCGAGAAGGUAUCGGUUCGUCUCGAAAAACGUGCCGAAGUCACUGUUCACCCGGAGAAGUUUCGGUUCGCCUCGAAAAACGUGCCAAAGUUACUGUUAUCCCGGAGAAGUUUCGGUUCGCCUCGAAAAACGUGCCGAAGUCACUGUUCACCCGGAGAAGUUUCGGUUCGCCUCGAAAAACGUGCCAAAGUUACUGUUAUCCCGGAAAAGUUUUGGUUCGCCUCGAAAAACGUGCCAAAGUUACUGUUCACCCGGAGAAGUUUCGGUUCGCCUCGAAAAACGUGCCAAAGUUACUGUUCACCCGGAGAAGUGUUGGUUCGCCUCGAAAAACGUGCCGAACUAAUUUUGGGAUCUUCUUCGAUUGCUCGACGUCAGAUUUUAACAGACAUGGGAUACCAAUUUACUCUCAUGAGUGCUGAUAUUGAUGAGAAAAGCAUUCGUAAAGAGAAACCUGAAGAGUUGGUUUUGGCUUUAGCUGAAGCAAAGGCUGAUGCUAUAGUGUCGAAACUACAAACUACUGAAUGUGUGAAUGAGGAACAACCGACAAUCUUGAUUGCAUCGGAUACAGCUGAAGCAAUCAUGCAGCAGAUCGCUGAUGGUGACAACAUAGAGGAGGAUAAGUCGACCUUACUUAUUACUUGUGACCAAGUGGUCGUCUAUGAAGAUGCUGUCAGAGAGAAACCCUCGAGUGUUGAAGAAGCAAGGGAGUACAUAAGAGGCUAUUCCAAGGGGCACACAGCAACAGUGAGUUCUGUGGCUGUGACAAAUCUCAAAACAGGAGUCAGAAAAGGAGGCGUCGAUAGAGUGGAGAUCUAUUUCAAUGAAAUACCGGAAGAGACUAUCGAGAAACUGAUUGAGGAAGGCAUGGUGCUUAAGGUAGCUGGUGCACUCCUAAUCGAACAUCCUCUUAUACUGCCGUGUGUUAAGGAAGUGGUUGGGACAACAGAUAGCGUGAUGGGUCUGCCAAAAGAAUUGACUGAGAAAAUGAUAAAGGAAGUAUUGGCAAGCUAGGUUACAUCCCAUUUCUGUCUUUGAAUGUUGGUGUAUUCAUGAUGUGAGGAUUAUGUUGUCAAACUAGGUUAUGCAGUUGUUUUACUACCUCUUGUUUCUGACUAAACCCUUAGAUUGGAAUCGGUAAUCUCGUACCACAUUGAUAAAUGCGUGAUACCAUU